AAGCGGUUGCAAGACAAUGAGGGUGACCGAGUGCAGACAUACCGGGAGCUGGAGAGCGUCUUGCAGGGAGAUGACGGCCGUUUGACGAGCGGUGUCGUGAACCGCCUGCUAGCAGAGGCGUCCAGUGACAUGCGAGCAGCCCAGGGUGUGACAGGUGACAUGAGGACAGCCGCUAGCGAUGUCCUGGUGGCUCUGGCCCGCUCCCACUUCCACUUUGUCAUGCCCGAGCUCCAGAGCCACCUGAAGGCCAUGGGGAAGGUCCCUGAUGAGAUUGUGCUCCUCACCUUGGGCAAAAUGGCCCGCAGCUACGCCCUGCGGUGCAUCCCCUUUGUGAGAAUGACGCUGCUUGCCCUGCGCGCCACGCUGAGCCAGGUGGGGAGUGGCCGGAUGCUGCGCACCGUCUGCAGUGUUCUGGAGCAAUGGUCAAAAGGAGUCAACACGUACUUCUGCAACCGGGAGCAAUGCCCCUUCCCUUGCGAGGGGGUAGCACAGUUCUGUGAAGCCAUUUACCCGGUCUUCCGCUACGCGGCGGUACAUUGGCUGGACUGCAAGGAGGAGGAGGACAAGCAGGCUGUCCUCAGGGCUGUGGCUGCCAUGAUGGAGGUCCUUCUGCAUGAGGAGCAGUACCGCGAGCAUGCCUGGGAGCAUGUCCUCUGGCUCCUGCACCGGUAUCAGGAGGUCCGAGACACCUCCCGGGUCACUGAGAGCCUCAGCUAUGUCCUGGAGAUGCUGGAGGCAGUUCAGACCCCAAUACCACAGGGCACGGCUCUUGCCAUCAGCACCGCUGUGCACCGCCAGCUCUCUGAUGUGACCAAGGAGCCUGGCCUGGCCCAUAAGGCAGCACUGUCCCGCUGCAUCACGCUUCAGGCACGAAUGUGCCCCGAGGAGACGGUCAUGUUUCUACACUCCCAGCUGAGUGGUGGGACUGAGGCCGGUCGCGUGGCAGCCCUGGGCCUGCUGGGAGCACUGGCCCACUCUGACGCACCUGCAGUGAGAGAGAAGCUGCCCCAGGUGGUGGAGGCCAUGGGGUCAGUGUGCCAUGACCCCAGUGCCCAGGUGCGGAGGGCAGUUCUGGAGUUCAUCCGGGAGCUGCUCAGCUCCGGACCCCAGAGCUGCUGGGCAUGGGAUGUGGUGGGGCACAUCUUCAUCGAGUUCAGCCGGAGCUCGGGCAGACUGGUGGCAGGAGGCCUUUUUCCCUGGGAAACGCAGGAGGAUGGAGCUCUUCGAGCCCUGUGCAUGGACAUCCUGGGCUCUCUGGAUGUCUCUCUGAGAGGGAUGACCAAACUCCUGUGGCCGAGGCUGCUGCAGUAUGUGGUGCCAGCCCAGUACAGUGGCGUGCUGAUCCCACUCUCCCGCUGUCUCCGAGCCCUAGUUGAGAGGUGGGAGAGAGCAGGGUGCAAGGAAGAAGAGGAGGAGCCUGAUGCCGUGGACUCCCAGGAGCAAGCCCGGCUGCCGGCUCCCCAGGCCCUGUUGGCUCGACUGCUGGUGGUGGUGGCGGCUCCUCACAAGAGUGCAGAACGUGCAGUCGCUGCCUUGCAGCUGCUGCAGGCCCUCCACCGCAGGAUCCACAGAGCCUUGGGGGCAGCGUGGGCGACUGAGAUCCCCCUCCUGCUGCAGUCCCUGGAAGGAAAAACCGGGAACUGCCUGGACUCUGCAGAGUGGGAGCACCGUGUGCUCAAGUUCCUGCGAGCGUCGCUGGAGCCCAUCGAGGACAAGGCCUGGACUGUGGACCUGAGCCAGGAGCUGAGCCAGCAGCUGGGCAGCUCUGCCGCCGGCUCCUGGGAGAAGCUUUUCCUGUACAAGGCUCUUGGGACAGCGCUGGCAGCUUGUCGGGACCUCAGACACGUCCAAGGGCAGGUGCUGAGGUUCCUCCAGGAGACAAACCCCAUGGAGCUGUCUGAGGCCCAGGGAAUGAUUUCUGUUGUGUCCCACGCUGCCCAGAGCCACUUCCACCUGGUCUUGGAUGCGGUGAUGAUGUUCUCCACCGCCUCCACCAGAGACGGGUUCUCUCAGACUUCCAUGGGCUGGAAGGUACAGCAGCAGCAGCAGAUGGAGAGAGCCCAGGCCAUUCGCGCUGCUCUCAUGCGCACCUACAGCGGCAUUGCGCUGCGUGCCCCCAAGGAGCAGCUGCUCACCCGUGUGGAUGAAGAAAUCGUGGGCAACAUCCUGCAGCUCUCCAGAGCUAAACAGAGGGACUGGAUAAAGGAGGAGCCCGGGGACUCCCUGGUGUAUGGAGUGUUCCAGGCCCUAGGGGAGUUGAGGAGAGGCAUGGAAGACCUGGGCCAUCUCAUCGAAACCCUUCUGGAGGCAGAGGAGACCUCUGCCGGCUUUGACGACGUGAUCCAUAGAGGACGUUCUUGUGAGCAGUUCGGCUCCCUGGUGGGACUGCUGGUGACUCUGACCAGCGACUGCCUGGCCAUGUCCUGUCGGAGGGCAUGGGUAUGCCUUGGCUACCUUCUCCAAAUGCAAGCCAAGACCAUGAAGGCGGUGUUUCAGGCAGAUGAGAUCAGGUGCCUGGCUGAGGAGCUGAACAGCCCGGACACUGAGAUUCCGGUGGAGACCUGGACCAAAAUAGCAAAGCAGAGCACCCACAGGCCCUUCCUGCUCCGGGCCCGCUUUCACCAGGAGCCCCUCAUCAGCAGUCUCCUCCAGAAAGGUCUGCCCAUGGACAGUGACACGGUGGAGCUGUGGAGGACCCUGGGGAGAAGCACCAUUGUGAUUCAGGUCCUGAGGUGCUUAGUGGAGAAACUAAACAGAGCAGGAAACAACCGCCUGUGGACUUGCUCUUGCACUUGUGAGCAGCACAGUCAUCAGACUGUUCUGGAGACUGUGAUGAUCACCCGUGCCAUCUCCGAGGUCGUGGUUGCCCUGAGGGACAUGGAGGAGUUCAGGCAGCUGCUUCCCCACCUCCUUCCCAGCCUCCUGAGGUGGGCCAGUGAAAUGCUGGACGAGGAGAGGCUGCUUUCCCCCCUGGGAGAAGGCUGGAGACAACUGUUCCUCGAGGGCCAGGUGCUUGAGGAGAAGCCCUGCAGGAUUUUCCUUUCAGCUAUAGAGUUGGUGCUAGGCAAAUGCAUGGCGCAGACGUGGAUGCAGCGGCUCAUGGAUCAGUCAGUGUGGGCUCGCCUGGAAGACGCCCUGGCUCACCCUGAGGGGGUGCGUCUCCUGACCAGCGUCCUGCUCCAGGCUGGGCUCGUCUCCCCCUGGCUGGUGAAGAACCUCUUGCCAUGGCUGGGUUCGUGCUCAGUUAAGCUGCGGGUGACAGCUACAGCCUUCUUUGCUGAGCUGCAGUUCACUGAUGUUGGACCUUCCUUUCGAGGGAAGGUGCAGGGCAGGAGCAAGGCGGAGAGCUGGAAGCCAGCGGUGAGGUGUGUCCAGGAGGUGAAAUGGGACAUCGCGGGUGCGCAGCCGCUCGGCUCCUGGGAGUCUCUGCAGGUGUUGUUGAGCAGCAACCUCGUCAGCUGUGAACAGGUGCUGGAGGCUUUUACUGGAAGAGCAGAAAUGGAUGGAGUGGAGCGAUUCAAGCCCGUCUUGGGUGGCCUGGAGAGUGGAACCUCGGUGGUGCUGAAGGUGGCCUGUAUGCAGCUGAGCAAUGCCAUGAUCUGUCCUGCUGGUGAACUUGACUUGGGAGUUCAGAUUCGUACUGAGCUGAUGCAUUCAGGACUUCAUCACAUCCCCAAGCCUCAGCUAUGUGAUUACGUGCUCUUCCUAGGGCGUUAUUCAAACCUGUGGGCAUAUUCUCAAUAUACCUGA